GUGGGUGGAAGAAAAAGGGGAUCAGUCAUCCAGCCAGUGAGAGGAGAAGUGGGCGACACGAGGAGAGAGGAGAACCUCAAACCAGUCAGAGAAAGUGUGGGGGUUUUGGAGCAGGAGGACGGAGAGUAAAAUGGCCCAACGUCUGCGUUUGUACUUUGGAUCUGGCCGCAGCAAUACAGCACCGGAGAUACUGGAGGGAGACUCGGAGGAACAGCAGGAAGACGGCGAGGAGGUUGCAGCAGUUCUCACUCCCACAUCUUUUCUGUCAAGGCCUCCUCGAGUGUUAGCAGGAGAAACUGUCCAAUCAACUAAUUCUGCGUUACGAUCUGAGCCUUUGCUGAAACGCAGCUCUUCAAUGUUCAUACCCCAGCUUACUAGCUUUGCCGAACCACGAGCAACCAAGAGCUCAUCAAUGCAUAUAUCGCUCCAGCGCUCCAGUGACUCAAGUAACGGAGAGCCUACCGGACUUGAUGAUGUCCCACCACCCUGUUAUACUCCUCCAGGACCUGCGCCUGCAUACACUGAACUAAGGACUCAAGCUGACCUUCCUCGGCAGUCACCGCCUCCAUACUACAGCCCAGAUUGCUUAAACGUACAGUCUUGUCUGGUGGAGCCAAACUUCCCCAAACGCAGAGUGUUUUGCCUUGGUUCUACUUUUAACAGACCCCAACCCGGUAGUAGUGUUGGAACUAUUUGUAUUAUGAAAAAAUCUCCCUACAGUUCGGACGUCCAGCAUUUUAGGAUUCUUCCAAACGGUGGUACUGGUUGGUCUGUCCAACAGGAGAACCCGGAUCACUGCUUUGACGUGAAUGGGAAAACACAAAGACUAGUAUUUCAGCUCCAGCAAGAUCAGAAGGAUCCUAACCAGGGCAGACAACAGCUAGCUUCCCAUCAGGAAAAAUGCUCAGACUUUGGGCAAAGCAGUACUAGAGGAUUACAAACAGGGCGUUAUCCAAGAAUUCGAUUUCAUCGGACUUCAUCCCAACAAAGUCUUUUGCUGGAGAAUAAACGCUUGAAAAGUGGAACAGAAUAUCCGACUAUUGAGGAGAAUCCAACCUUCGUUAAGGCAGAAGCUAAAAACGGAUCGAAUGGUUGUGCUUUUAAAAUUGGAGAGGAAGCCCCCAGAAGGCAACCACAUUUCAAGAUAUACUUUUCCCCGAGUGGAGGUGGAGAUCAGGAAUCUAAUCUUGGCAAAGAAUCAACAAACAAUCCCAAGACUAGAGAUGACUUCCUGGGACAAGUCGAUGUUCCUCUUAAUCAUCUGCCGACGGAGGAUCCCGCCAUGGAGCGUCCUUACACGUUUAAAGACUUCCUGCUGCGACCACGAAGUCAUAAGUCCAGGGUGAAGGGUUACUUGCGAUUGAAGAUGGCUUAUCUACCCAAGCAAGGAGGACAUGAGGAGGAGGCCGGAGAGAUGAGGGAGGAAUCUGAGGGCUGGGAUGAGUCUGCUGACUCGGGCUCUCAGCGGCCCCAGCAGUUGCUGCCCCCUUUACCCCAAGGCUGGGAAGAAAAAGUGGACAACUUGGGACGUACCUACUAUGUGAAUCACAACAACCGCUCUACUCAAUGGAAAAGACCCUCCAACAUGGAUGUUAUCUCAGAAAUUGAAAGUGACAAUCAGCAGCGGCAGAUCCACCAGGAAGCUCACCGUGUUUUCCGUGCGAGGCGCCACAUCAGUGAAGACCUGGAGAAUGAGCACUUAGAGCACAGAGACAUGGACAAUUCCUGGGAGCUUAUCACAGAAGAGGAUCCCAAUGACAGCCUGGCUCAAUCUUUACCUGGCCCUUCUGCUGUUUUGACACCACAACAUCCACCUACACCCAUUACUCAGGACUUCUCCAACGAUUUAAAUCUGAGGCUGUCCAUCGCUUCUGAGGCCAACGGGGAAGUACCAGGGCCCAGCUCUGCUCUGAGCCAGUUGUCAAACAGACUCCGAUCCUCAAGUAUGACAGAUGGCGUCAGUGAUCAGGCCCAGGCUCCUCCUCUAAUGCAGAGUUCGCAGACCAGACGAUCAAGAGCUCAAACAGUCUCAGGUGGUGAGGAGCCUAUGUCCCCCUCGGCAGCAGCUUAUACCUUGACCACCCCCGGCUUGCCCCCCGGAUGGGAGGAGAGGAAGGAUGCCAAGGGAAGAACUUAUUACGUCAACCAUAACAACCGAACCACUACUUGGACUAGGCCAAUUGUGCAGCUGACUGAAGAUGGAGCCAGCACCUCAGUAGCAGCAUCAGGAGGAGCCUCGGCCCUGACACCUGCUUCCACCCCUUCCUCCUCUUCCAAUAUCUCCAACAACCACCUCCAUGAGCCCCAAGUACGACGACCUCGUAGUCUCAGCUCCCCUACUGUCACCCUUUCCACCCCCUUGGAGGGAGCCAACAACAUUCAGGUACGGAGGGCGGUGAAGGACACUCUUUCCAAUCCUCAGACUCCUCAGCUGUCCCCCUACAGCUCCCCCAAAUCCCAGCACAAGACCCAGCAGAGCUUCCUGCCUCCAGGCUGGGAGAUGAGAAUAGCCCCAAAUGGAAGACCCUUUUUCAUUGACCACAACAGCAGAUCCACCACCUGGGAAGACCCCAGAUUGAAAUAUCCAGUCCACAUGAGGAAUAAGAAUUCAAUGGAUCCUGGGGAACUUGGACCUCUUCCUAACCUACCAGAGGAGCCCGGAUGGGAAGAACGAGUUCACACAGACGGACGCACCUUUUACAUCGAUCACAAUACAAAGACCACACAGUGGGAGGAUCCUCGUCUGCAGAGUCCAGCUAUCACAGGGCCGGCUGUACCGUACUCCAGAGAGUUUAAGCAGAAAUAUGAUUACUUCAGGAAGAAGUUAAAGAAACCGGCUGACAUUCCCAAUCGGUUUGAGAUGAAGCUUCACAGAAACAACAUCUUCGAGGAGUCGUAUCGUCGGAUCAUGUCCUUAAAAAGACCAGAUGUUCUGAAGGCUCGCCUGUGGAUUGAGUUUGAGUCCGAGAAGGGGCUGGACUACGGCGGUGUGGCCAGAGAGUGGUUCUUUCUCUUAUCCAAGGAGAUGUUCAAUCCGUACUACGGCUUGUUUGAGUACUCUGCCACGGAUAACUACACUCUCCAGAUUAACCCCAACUCCGGUCUGUGCAAUGAAGACCACCUGUCUUAUUUCAAGUUUAUUGGGCGAGUAGCAGGCAUGGCCGUGUUUCACGGAAAGCUUCUUGACGGUUUUUUCAUUCGGCCGUUCUACAAGAUGAUGCUGGGAAAAUCGAUCUCCCUGAAAGAUAUGGAGUCUGUGGACAGUGAAUACUACAACUCUCUGAAGUGGAUUCUGGAGAACGAUCCCACUGAGCUGGACCUGAGGUUUUGUAUAGACGAGGACAACUUCGGACAGACCUACCAGGUGGACUUGAAGCCCAGUGGCUCAGAGCUGGUGGUUACCAACGACAACAAGAAGGAAUAUAUUGAUCUGGUAAUCCAGUGGAGAUUCGUCAACCGGGUCCAGAAGCAGAUGAAUGCAUUCUUGGAGGGUUUCACUGAGCUCAUUCAGAUAGAUCUGAUCAAGAUCUUUGAUGAAAACGAGUUGGAGCUGCUCAUGUGCGGUCUGGGCGAUGUUGACGUCAACGACUGGAGACAACACACUGUUUACAAGAACGGCUACUGCCCCAACCAUCCGGUUAUUCAGUGGUUCUGGAAGGUCGUCCUGCUGAUGGAUGCCGAGAAGAGAAUCCGACUCCUUCAGUUUGUUACAGGAACAUCCCGGGUUCCCAUGAACGGCUUUGCAGAGCUUUACGGUUCUAAUGGACCGCAGCUCUUCACUAUUGAGCAGUGGGGAACACCAGAUAAACUACCAAGGGCUCACACAUGUUUCAACCGCUUGGAUCUGCCUGCCUAUGAAUCAUUCGAGGACCUGAGAGAGAAACUCCUCAUGGCUGUAGAGAACGCUCAGGGGUUCGAGGGGGUAGACUAAAUAUCAGCUUAGUGUCAAGCAAAAACAUUGAAGCCCCAGGGAGAAGAAGUCAGCUGCUGUAGCAGUUUUUGCGUGAGCAUGUUGUUCUUUAAUGCCUGACCGUGCACCACCUUUACAGCAUGGUGGCCUGAGACUGUACAGUGACUCGUCCCGCCAAUAUGCCUACAUUUUUUUGUUUUUUAAGAUCUUUUCAGUGCGGAUAGGUGACUCCACAAAACUGCCAGGGGAAAACGCUCAGCUGAAAUCUCUUUUGAGUGAAUGACAGGAGCUGGCCCUCACAAACCGCAGUUCUGUCCCUUCUCCCUCAUCCUGUGAAAAUCUACAGUGCUGGAAAACACCGAUGCAUUUCAAUUCUCACUAUAGCACAGAGUUUGAGCACCCUUUAAAGGAAGGGGUUUUUAGCAUGGCCUUAACCCGGCUCCUACAUGCACUACUUCUCAAAAUAAUGCAAUGGCACUAUGGAAACUGCUCUUUCAAAUCUUUAGACCAACACCAGAUUACCUUAGGAAUGCUAGCCAAUCCCAUGUCAGGACAUAGGCCACACCCUUCUGUGAGCCUCGUCGGUUACCUGAUCAGAUGUUGCCACCACAGCCUUUAGUCACUAAGGAAAAUUCAAGAACGGGGUAGCAAACAGUCCCUCAACUUUUUGUUUUCAAAUAUAUGAGUAUAUAGAUAUUGUUUUGUCAAACUAUUUUCUUUAAUCAUCUUACAGGAAAGUACUUUGUGUAUUUGUACUGAUGAACAGCGUCACUAUUUUGGCAGGUCUGGCAGGAUAUCCAUAUAGUUUGUUACAGUCAUAGCAAAUGUGCUUGAUAGGAUGGAUUUUUUUUUUUUUUUAUUGUAAUGCUUUGAAAGCAGCAUGCUAGUGUACCUGGUGUUUGCUUUAACUUCAUACUAAUUUAAGUGUAAAGGGGUCUAAAGGUUGUGAAGGUAAAAACUAAAACCGGGGACAGUUACUCCGACUACUUAAUGCCUGGUGUUGUUCAUAAUGCUGUAAAUUGUUUUUUGGAAAAGACAGAUAAUUUUAAGUUCCUUUCAUGAUAUAUAAAUAUAUGUAUGUAUUACAUUUAACAAAAGUAUUAUUGAUCAGCAUUAAAAUGAAGCUGUACGUGUGUGCGUGAGUGUUUGAGAGAAAAGCUGUGAUCGCCACUGAAUAUAAAGCAGCACGUUUCUUACAAAGAUGAUGUGUUCCUUUUUUAUGUUCUUCUUUCUCCUUUUCUAACACCACUGAACCUAAAGGGCACUUUAUAGAUCACUCUGAGGUCAUGCUGCCUGAUGUUUAUCUUAUUUACUUGAAUGUGACUCUUUUUUUUUGUUUGUAUUUCAUUCAGAGCACUCACUUGGUGCAAUAUGAAAACUGUAAAUCUGGACUGCUGCUAUAGAAAUGGUAAAGAAAUGACUUUGUAAUCUUCACUUUUCUCUAGAUUUUCCUUCCAUGUGCUCCUGUUUGUACAAUUCACACUCCUGACUGACUCUUCAAGUUAUUGUUUUUUUUUAAAUCAAAAGAAAUUGUUUUCAGGUUAAGAUUUCUUCAGUUUUCUGCAUUUCUUUGUGGUUCUUACAAUUUCAGUCCAAUAAAAACAAAAGUUCUCAC